GGCAUGGGGAACGAUGCAGGUGGCCUUCCGGCACCGAACCUGGCCUUGAAGCGCGAGCUCCCCCACGGACUUGAAGCCUUAAACCACUCAGCCUCAGUUUUCUAAGCGAGGAUGUGGGGUGGGGAGGAGUCCCUGCCUGCCUGUGGGUUUCCGUCUGGGGUCCAAGCAGCCCCCUGGGUUUCGGAUUAGGAAGGGACGACGAUGCCCGAGCUGUGACUCCUGGUUGAGAGGGCAUGCGUAGCCCGCCGGCUGGAGUCCUCAGAGGCGGCGUGACAGAGGGAAUGAAGAGCCCUAAGGACCAAGGACCCUGGAGCCCCUGACUCUGACCCGCGCCGUGGCCGGGGCCAAGUCUCAGCUCCCCAGCCCUGGGCCUCGGCUCCGGAAUCGCGCCCAGUUCCCCGUCGUUGAUGACUAGGUGCUGCCGUCCAUGGUCACCGGCUCCCGCGCCCGCCAUGGACGAGAUCACCUUCAGAAGCGACACUGUGCUGUCAGACGUCCACCUGUACACCCCGAACCAGCGGCGCCUCAUGGUGCGGCUGAACGGCAUGGGGCAGCCGGUCUUCCUGUCCCAGUUCAAGCUUCUGUGGGACCGAGACUCUCAGACUGACUCAGGGGCCAAGGGUGGCAAUCACACAGAGGGGACCCCUCCCGCCGGCACCGUCUGCAGCCACGUGGGGGCCUCCCUCCAGGCAGGGGCUGACACCACCACCCCAGAAGGGUUGGCAGCUCAGCUGGACGAGGACGGGGACUUGGACGUCGUGAGAAGACCCCGGGCUGCCUCGGCCUCCGAGCCACCAGGGCCUCCGAGAGACAAGGUACAUCCCAUGAUCCUAACGCAGGAGGAAGACGAAGUCCUGGGAGACGAAGCCCCAGAGAGCAGCCCCUACAACGUCAUCAAAAUAGAGCACACCAUGGCCACCCCCCUGGAGGAUGUUGGCAAGCAGGUGUGGCGGGGUGCCCUGCUCCUGGCAGACUACAUCCUGUUCCAGCGAGACCUCUUCCAGGGUCGCACAGUGCUGGAGCUCGGGGCGGGCACCGGGCUGGCCAGCAUCAUCGCAGCCACUGUGGCACAGACUGUAUAUUGUACAGAUGUCGGUGCAGACCUCUUGGCCAUGUGCCAGCGAAACAUCGCCCUCAACAGCCACCUGCUCGCCUCUGGAGGCGGUGUGGUCAAGGUCAAGGAGCUGGACUGGCUGAGAGACAACCUCUGCACGGACCCCGAGGCCCCCUUCAGCUGGUCCGAGGAGGACAUCUCCCACCUGUACGGCAACACCACCAUACUGCUGGCGGCCGAAGUGUUUUAUGAUGACGACCUAACUGAUGCUGUGUUUAAAACCCUCUCCCGACUGGCCCACAAGCUCAAGAACGCCUGCACCGCCAUCCUCUCGGUGGAGAAGAGGCUGAACUUCACGCUGAGGCACCUGGACGUCACGUGCGAGGCCUACGACCACUUCCGCGCGUGGCUGCGGCGGCUGGAGGGGCUGGCUGGCGGGCGCCUGCGCUUCGCGGUGGAGCCGGUGGACGCCUCGUUCCCGCAGCUCCUGGUGUACGAGCGCAUCCAGCAGCUGGAACUCUGGAAGAUCUUUGUGGAACCAGUAACAGAGCCCAUCGUGUCUGUAGACACAGCUUCUCGACCAUUCUCGUGACAUUUCUAAUAAAGUUGAAAGCUCACAAAGUCA